UGGGUCUCUGUCAGGCAGUAACCACACCCACCACACCGUGCCCGUUAGGACGCUCCAGGCCACACUUCUCGUUGGUAUUUUGUGGACCGACCCAGAACGAGGGCCCAAUAUGUAUCCGAGACAAAUCACCUCGUGUUCCUCGCAUCUGUGCCUCCUUCUGCUACUUCUGUUUAAAGCGCAACAGCAGGGUCUCGCUUCCCGACCGUUACUUGUGUUUCUACUCGACGGGUUUCGGUAUGACUACAUAGAUAAACUACACGAACUGCCGGGAUUUCGCGAGCUGGUGGAUAGAGGAGUGAAGGUGGACUACAUGACUCCGGAGUUCCCGAGUCUGUCAUACCCAAAUUAUUACUCUUUAAUGACAGGCCGUCACUGUGAGACCCAUCAGAUGACUGGAAAUUACAUGUGGGAUGAAGUCUCAAACAAGGAGUUUCUUAUUGGAACCAGUCCUGACAGUCGGUUGUCUCUUUGGUGGAAUGGAUCAGAACCUCUGUGGGUCACAAUGCAAAACCUGGGAAAGAAUGUUUUUAUGUACUUCUGGCCCGGCUGUGAAGUGGAAAUUCUGAAUGUUCGUCCAACAUACUGUAAGAAAUAUGUUUACAAUCCAUCAGAAGAAGAUCUUAUAUGGUCGAUAACCAGUGCGCUCACUGCCCUGAGUUCUGGCCAAGCAGACAUGGCAGCUGUUUACUAUGAGAAAAUCGAUGUGGAAGGCCAUCACUUUGGUCCAGAGUCCCCUCAGGUCAGGACAGCUGUGCGACACCUGGAUCUCACCAUGCAGAUACUCAACCAAAAAAUCAGGGACAGCAACAUGGUGAACCAGCUAAAUGUGCUGUUAUUUUCAGACCAUGGUAUGACAAAGAUCCAGUGGAUGGAGAAGGUAAUAGAGCUGGACAAAUUUAUAGACAUGUCAGACAUUGUGAAGAUAAUGGACAGAGGACCAGUAGUCAGCCUGUGGCCUAAAAAUACCACAUAUGAAAAGGUCUACGCAGCCUUGAGCCAGGUCCAUAACAUGCAUGUAUAUGCCAGGCAGGAAAUACCUGAACGGUUCUAUUACAAAAAGGGAAACUUUGUUUCCCCUCUCACGCUGGUUGCUGAGCCAGGCUGGUUUAUCACUAAGAACAAGGCAACCCUACCCUAUUGGAAAAAUGACUCAGGGGAGCCAUCAGCGUGGCAAAAUGGCUGGCAUGGUUAUGAUAAUGAGUUCCUUGACAUGAGAGGCUUUUUCUUGGCAGCAGGACCAGCAUUUCUGAAUUUUUGUAACUGGGUGCAGACUGUGCAUGCCGUGCUCCAUUCAGAAUGAACUAAGUUAACGAUGCGAACCUUUCACGCACAAAUAAAUCACUUCGUCUCGAACAGAGGGAAAAGAGUGACAAAAAAAAAUCAACAAACAAGAAAGCACUAGUGGCCCUUAUUUUUCACAUUUUUCAGACAGUAAGGGUGAAGAGAGUGGGAAGACAUGCAGCAAAGGUUGACUGGGCCCACAACAGCUCCGUUGAGAACUGAAGCCUCUGAACAUGGGUCGCGUGUUUUAACCACUGUGCCUGAGUCAAAGCAUUUCUUCUCUCUUUCACUACAUUGCCACUGGUAAUGUAGCAUUCUGCUCCCUGUGUUUUCAGAGAAUAGUGCACCGACGUCAGCAUCAGGUAUAAUCGCUUAGAGCUCUUGUUCAGGCUCGUGUCGCGUCAGCGGAGCGACACCCUGAAGCACGACUAUAACUGAGACUUGACAGGGAUUAGCCCAUGGCAAGUAUGCACAGGGAACCAGACUGGAUGAAGGAAGAAUAAGUGAGUGUCGGGGAACAACAGGACAAGAAGGAUGAUUCACAUGAUGAGCUCAUGCAAGUGUCUCUCUUGCCUGGACGUCAUGCUGUCCGUCAUCCUUCACCCAGUCUGGUUCCCUGUCCACACCUGCAAUGGGCCAAUGUUAGGACCUGCCUCCAAGUGUUUCUCUGCCUCCUCUGUAAAACACACUUAAUUUUCCAUAGUGCUUUAACAACUGUGUUCUGUCAUAGGAGUAUCCAAUAUGACUCUAAAAGAAUUGUGAUAUAAGGUUAUAAAAAUAUGCUUAUUUGGGAAUCUGUUAUAUUUUUACUACAUUGUUUACCUCUACCAUGUCAUUGUUAGUUUCUACUCAGUUAGUGGUGUUGACUUUUCUUAUUAUAAUAAAACUAAUAUUUUUCCAAAGUA